CAGUGAUCUUUCUUGCUCUUGCACUCUGACUAACUUCAACUCGAUCUCUAGAGAGAUAAACGGCUCUUACUUCAGCUCCGCACACUAUCUCCUCCACCACCAUUAACCACAACUUUCCGCCGUCUCCUUCAACUUCAAUUGUUCGGCGAGCUAUGAACUCCAAGCACAAGCAGAAGCGGCUGAAGCGGCAACUGCUGAAGCGGAAGCUGCUGGAUCGGCGCAACGCCACCUCCGACGACUCCACCACCCUACGCACCAGCUCUCUGGACCUCUCUCCUCUCUCCUCACACCCCAGCUUCCAAAUGCAAUGGAUAGCCGCCAUGUCAGACAAAAUCUGCCCCUUCCCCGGCCUCUCCCUGGAGGAUUUUCUCAUUUGGGAGACCUGGACGUGCCUGUCUUCCCUUAGUCUCCUUCCGGAGAAGCAGCCGGUGGCGGAGGAGGUGAUCAGAGAGUUUAGAACUAGGGUUAGGCUCACUGAUAAAAUUGAGGUUGGAAAUGAAGAGGAUGUGGUAAUUGAGAGAAAUAACGUUAGUGGAGGGAAUGCUGGGAUGGGGAAAUCUCGUGUUUUUCCUCGAGGUGACAGGCAUAUGGAUUCGUCAGCUCAAUGCGGAAUUGUUAACCCUUCGGAUGGAGAAGAGGAGACGGAAAUCGAGAGAAAUAAGGUCGAUGGGGAGAACAUUGGGACAGAAGAGUCUUGUUCUUGCACGUUAAACGAUGAUGAUGAGAAUUCGACUUUGGAGUCAGUCUAUGGGAUUUCGCCAAAUGGCCAAUUCAAGCGCACCAUCAAUUCCUGGCAGAGGGGUGAGCUUAUAGGAAGUGGAUCUUUUGGAAGAGUGUACAAAGGCUAUACUGAUGAUAGAAUCAUUUUUGUUGUGAAGGAGGCUUCAUUGCUUGAUCAAGGGAGUCAGGGCAAACAAAGCAUUUAUCAACUUGAACAGGAGAUUUCUCUUUUAAGUCAGUUUGAACAUGAGAACAUAGUUCGGUAUUAUGGCACAAACAAGGAUGAGACUAAACUUUGUAUCUUUCUUGAGCUUGCACCAGAAGGUUCACUGUUAAAUCUCUAUAGAAAGCAUAAACUAUUGGAGCCCCAAGUAUCUGAAUACACAAGGCAGAUUUUGAAUGGUUUGAGCUAUCUACAUGGGAAACAUGUAAUUCACAGGGAUGUCAAAUGUGCUAACAUAUUGGUAUUUGAAAAUCACAUUGUGAAACUUGCAGAUUUUGGAUUGUCAAAGCAUUGCCAAUCGAAUGAUUUUAACUCUAGUAAAGGGUCUCCAUUCUGGACGGCCCCUGAGGUUGUUAAUGCGGUGUAUAGGAAGAACGAUUGUUAUGGGCUUGCAGCUGAUAUAUGGAGCCUUGGGUGCACUGUAUUAGAGAUGUUAACUCAGCAACAUCCAUACCCUCAAUAUGAAUGGAUGCAAGCAUUAUUUAGGAUUGGCCAUGGUGAACUUCCUUUUGUUCCUGAUUCCUUGUCAAUAGAUGCUCGAGAUUUUAUCCUCAAAUGCUUGCAAGUCAACCCUAGUGAUUGGCCUACUGCUCGUCAGUUACUGGACCAUCCAUUUGUGAAGAGCCCAUUGCACCCUUUCAUUGGCCCUGCAUCUCCUAGGGCUAAUGGAAUACGACCUUAAAAGGCUUUCAUCUAGUAAUGGAACUAUAUGCACAAAUUUUAAGAGUGCUGCAAAAAUAAGCAAAAUUACAAGAAAAAUAAACAUGUAAGAUUAUUUAUAUCAAAAUAUUUUUGGGGUACAAUCUUUAUGGUAGUGUUCUUAAAAAAAAAAAAUAUUUUCCUCCCAUUUGAUCACUUUAAUCACAAUCCAAGGGAUGACAAUGUGAGUAUUUUCUUGAAGUUGACGAUCAAUCGAGGGUCUAGUACAACUUAUUCUUGAAUAACUUUGAGGAUGGUGAAGAACAUGUAAGGGUAUAGUACUUUGUGUGUUUUCUUCGACUUGAUGCUUUAUGAAACCUUUUUCUCCUUGUUAA